UCGUCAUCUGGAAUGGCAGUGGAUGACGAGUGCAAGCUUAAGUUCUUGGAGCUAAAAACAAAGAGGAUUUACAGAUUCAUCGUGUUCAAGAUCGAAGAGAAGAUCCAACAGGUGACCAUAGAGAAACUCGGUAGUCCAGAGGAAACCUAUGACGAUUUCUCCUCCAGUUUGCCCGCCGAUGAGUGCCGAUAUGCUGUGUUUGACUUUGAUUUCACGACUGAUGAGAAUUGCCAGAAAAGCAAGAUUUUCUUCAUUGCGUGGGCGCCCGAAACAUCGAGGGUGAGGAGCAAGAUGCUCUAUGCCAGCUCAAAGGACAGAUUCAAGAGAGAAUUGGACGGUAUUCAAGUUGAGCUGCAAGCUACUGAUCCUAGCGAGAUGAGCAUCGAUAUCAUAAGAGGACGAGCGCUUUAA